AUUUGCAUCUUGACCUUUUAAAGAUGGCCGGAGCCAUCUUGGCCGGUGCCGAUCCAUUUAACCAGUUAUCCUUCCAGAACAAAGUUUUUGCACCAUCGCCAACAGAGAUUUUGGUGCAGGCAUCAAACAGAGCAAAGUCUGAACCUUCACAAGGUGUUGCAGACCCCUUCCAAGCCCUGUCAUUAUCAUCCCAUUUGAACCAGAGCCACCGUAGGCGUAGAGCCCGACCAAAGCAUUCCAUAUUUUUUAUGCCGAGCCCCCCAAACUCUUUUGGUGAGCAAAUCCGUCUCCAGUUAACCAUGCAUUUGCCUCCACUAGCUUCUUCUGCAGCCCAGAAAAAAUUCCUUCUGAUCUUAUCAAUUUUCUUAAUUGCCCAGGAGCUUAGUGUCAAGCUGGUGAGGAAGUAUGUCACAAUGGCCGUCAGGACCGAGUUUGUGAGAACUAAUCUUGCUAUCUUUGUCAUUUGCUUUCCUUUCCAGGGCGACAGCUUGCUUGCGAUGCGAUCAAUCAGCACCUGCUCAUCCACCCUCUUCGGCUUACUAAAACUCAGAGGUAAUCCCAGGUAUUUGCACGGCAAGGUGCCCGUCGAGCCUCCAAAAGGCAAUAGAAUUUGUGAUAAGUCUAGUGACUCGCAACGGAUCGGGUUCACGACACAUUUCUGAAGGUUUGCACACAGUCCAGAGAUCUCACCAAACCUUUCCAGAAUGGCCUGGACUGCGACCAUUUCAUCGCGAUCAGGAUUGAGGAAAAGAGCCGCGUCGUCCGCAUAAAAACUAGCUCUCAUCCUGGCAGCUCUAUUUGAUAGGGGGGAAAGAAUGCCCAGAUCGGUCGCCCUUUGAAAAAUCCUCUGCAAGGGGUCAAGGGCCAGGAUAAAAAGCAUUGGGGCUAGCGGAUCCCCUUGUCUGAGUCCUUUCAAAUGCAUGAAUGGUCUCCCAGGCAAACCGUUGAGAAGGACUCGAGACGAAGACGAAGCCAAGAUCAAACAUGUCAUCAUCGGCUUGGAAGAGGGUUGCUUUGCAAGGGAACCAUUCCACCUCAAUUGCACAAACAUGUCAUCAUCGGCUGUCCUCCAGUUGCACGGUUUUCAUGUAAUCGACAUGAAUGUUAAUGAUGGGACUCUAAAGUUCACCACUAAUGGAGCAAUUUACGCCAUAGGAGAAGGCCCUCCUUUUUUUGCUGGUUUUGAGGAAUCUCUGCACUGAGUUGCUGCUAACUUAAGUUGCGUAGAGGCCCAAAAGAAUAUAUCUGGGUAUGCUUGUGUGCAGUGGCGGAGCUACGUUGAAACAAAACAAGGCUAUGGCCCGCCCAGGUUUGUACCAAAACAAUGAGCCAAAUGCUAAAACUGGGCCAUGCGGAUUGAAUACUUAGGCUUGAACCUCAAUUUGGCCCGCCCAAUUUAUGCGUUGUAGCUCCGCCACUGCUUGUGUGAGUAUCAACAGCAAGUGUGUAGCAGUAAACACUGUAUACAGUUAUGUUGGAUACGGCUGCAAAUGCUGAGAUGGCUUCGAAGGAAACCCAUAUAUACAUCCUAAGUGGCUGCUUAGCACGAACAACAAGCCAAACAAUGCGAUGCAAUUUUUUCUGGACAGAAAUCAGCCGGCUUGCAAAGACUUGUCAGUGCCCCCUUUGAUGGGCUAGACAAACCUGCACAAGAAGGCGAGCAUUGACUGACUUGUGAGCUCCCUGCUGUGGGACCGGCAACACGGACCACAAGAAAGUAGUCGAGUGCGGCCGAAUCAACCACAUCAACGACCUCGGGAGUCAGGUGCUUACUUUUCUUGUUCUCUGACAUUUCUUCUUACUUGGGGCAAGUCUCACCACAAAUUGCAGCACCAGUCUAGUCAUGAAAUUGGUACAUACAAGAGAAGAAGGCCUCCCAGCUGAGACAUUCACUGCACAACACUGUGAAACCCCCAAAUACAUGCACUGGGCCUCAACUGAACUUCUCAAGUGCAAUUGGGAGCUGUGAAAAGGUGUGUGUGGGUCAUGGGCAUCUUGCCGAUGAUAUAUUUAUCACUUUCUCUGUUGGUAGUCGGGUCACUAGGAAAGUUAACAGGCCACAACCCUGAAGGGAAUUGGGCAAAUUCAUCACUUGCCAUGAUCGAUGGUUGCUCGAAGAGCUGUGGCGAUCUGAGUUUCAACUACCCUUUUGGCAUUGGAUCAAGGUGCUCUCGGGAUCCAGACUUCAACCUCAUUUGCAACGACACCUCUCAGCCCCCAAGACUGUUCCUGCGCGACGGCAUCACCCAGGUGAUCGGCUUUAAUGAUCCUUUCUCGUAUUUAAACUUCAUCCAGGCCUCCUUCUCGCAUACCAUUCCCAUGCAGUCUGGUGUCAGUGUUUACAACUUGUCUUUGGAACCACCUGGGCGGUCCUUCUCUCUCUUGUCCACUGUUCUAAACAUUACCGGCUGUGAUCUGGAGAUAUACUCUGUCGGAGACGAUGCCACCACCUUGAUAUGCAGCACUGUGUGUUUGGAUCGUGAAAUCCCAGAGAUGGGGGCUAUGCACAAUUGUAAAAAUACCUCUGGAUGUUGUCGUGUUGAUGUGGACGGUAACGAGAGUUUUCGGCUCAAGUUUGUCUAUAACCACAGCAAAAGCAACAUUGAUGCACGCUCUAACCGGACCUCCCAUCUGUGGGAUAGAAUCAGCAUCACUAGUGAUGGGCCGAGUGGCUUUCUGCUAUUGUGGCAGAUAGUUGAUCAAUCCAGCUGCGUUGCUGCCAAGCAAAACAGGAGAGACUAUGCCUGCAUCGGCGAGCAUGCCAAGUGCAUUGACGGAAGCCAUGGCUACAGCUGCAUGUGCAGGACUGACUAUACAGGCAACCCCUACAUUCCAGAUGGUUGCUCCAAGCCCAACGACAGAGGGUAUAAUCCAAUUUCGAAUAAGGCUAAUUGCACCCGUUUGUGUGGUAACACUAGUGUGCCAUUCCCAUUCGGCUUAGAAGAGGGUUGCUCUGCAAGUGCACAGUUCCACCUCAAGUGCACAAAUAUGACGUCAUCACCUACUCUCAUGUUGGGGAAUGCCCAGGUCUUCGAUAUAUAUAUUGAAGAAGGGACCAUUAGCGUCACCAAUUCCAACCAACAAGGGAGAUCUGUCAUUUCUGGAAAUUUUCUGUUUCCUAUUCCUUCUGGGCCAAUCUCCUCUGUGCAAUGGGUUAUUUCUAAUCUAAAUUGUGCAGACGCCCAACGGAAUAGAUGUGAAUAUGCUUGUCUAAGUAUCAACAGUGAGUGUGUAGACGUAAGUGUUGGUAAAGUCUAUGCUGGUUACCGCUGCAAAUGCAAUGUUGGCUUCGAAGGAAAUCCAUAUAUCCUAGAUGGUUGCGCAGAUUUAGAUGAAUGCGGCAGUGAACGGGGUGGUUGUAAAGAGAUAUGCUAUAACGUUGUAGGAAGUUUCUAUUGUAGUGAAUGUCCUCACCAUACUGAGUACGAUCCAUUGAAGAUGCAGUGUAUAAAGACAAAACAACAACCUUUGCUCUUAGGUAUAACUAUUGGGCUGUCCUGUGGCUUCGGCAUUCUACUUCUGAGCUUCAGUGCAGUACUUAUCACUCGUAGGUGGAGAAGAAAUGUUCAAAAGAAUCUACGGAAGAACUAUUUCCGGAAGAACCAAGGUCUUCUCCUAGAAACACUAAUAUCAUCGGAUGAAAGUGCAAAUGAGAAUACAAAGAUUUUCUCGUUAGAAGCGCUGGAGAAGGCAACAAAUAAAUUUGAUUCUACACGUAUCAUCGGCCAUGGGGGUCAUGGCAUGGUUUACAAAGGCAUAUUGUCUGAUCAGCGUGUUGUUGCAAUAAAAAAGUCUAAGAUAAUUGAGCAGUGUGAGAUCAGUCAAUUCAUUAAUGAGGUCGCAGUCCUCUCACAGAUAAAUCACAGAAAUAUUGUGAAGCUCUUUGGAUGUUGCCUUGAAACCGAGGUUCCACUACUGGUGUAUGAUUAUGUAUCCAACGGCUCACUGUCUGGAGUUCUUCAUGCAGAUGCAAGUGAUGGUUUUUCUUUAUCCUGGGGCGAUUGCUUAAGGAUUGCAAUCGAAACAGCAGGAGCUAUAUCUUAUCUCCACUCUUCAGCUUCGAUAUCAAUCUUCCAUCGUGAUGUGAAGUCCUCAAAUAUACUCUUAGAUGUGAACUACACAGCCAAAGUUUCAGAUUUUGGCGCGUCCAGAUUGGUUCCGAUUGAUCAGACACACAUUGUCACGAAUGUGCAAGGUACAUUUGGGUACUUAGAUCCAGAGUAUUUCCAUACUAGGCAGCUGAACGGGAAGAGCGACGUCUACAGUUUUGGUGUGGUACUAGUGGAGUUGCUUCUCAGAAAGAAGCCUGUUUUUACAAGUGAAUCAGGCACCAUCAAGGGCUUGUCAAGCUAUUUUCUCCAGGAGUUCAGUGAGGGGAGAAUCAUGGGUAUUGUUAGUUCCCAGGUCCUAGAGGAGGCAACUGAGGAAGAGAUCAACGGUGUCGCCUCUCUUGCAGAGCGGUGCUUAAGUCUGCGUGGUGAAGAAAGACCCACCAUGAAACAAGUGGAGGCGGAACUGCAGACUCUACGGACAAAACGGAUGAACUCAUCUCAGCCUGAUCCGAGAAAUGGAGAACAGAUGCAAGCAAGGCCGUUGACUCGAAGGAGUAGAUCUUCUCGGCAAUUGUCCGCACAGCCAAGAGGUAGCCAACGACGCUAUAGCUUGGAAGCAGAGUUCUUGUCAUCUGCUAGCCUACCACGUUAGAUGAGGCUAUUGAGCUUAUAAUAAUGGAUAAUUUGCUUCCCUCUUUUAUGAACUGUUGCUAGAACCUGUAUUACAGGUUAGUUAGGUUGGGACUGUAAUAAGUCAUGAUUUCAGUCAUCAUGAUUGUAUCAGUUUCUCGGUUGGAAUUAUGCUUGCUGAUAUAUGUAGACUGAAUUUUGUUACCCUAGAAGAGAUGUAGUGGAUUAUAUUAGCAAUGAUUUUGGCACUCA